AUGCCUGUGUGGGGCCACAUCAAGUUCAGCUACGUGACGCUGCAAGUGCUGCAGAGCUCGGCGCAUCCUGAGGACGACUCUAUCCGCAUCCGCUGGAGGAUCCGCGGAGUCAGCGCCCUCAAGUCCAUGUUGAUGUUCUGGAAAUUCAACAUCUUUAAGCUCCAGAACAGCAUUGACGAGCACGGCGUGGAUUGGUAUGACGGCUACUCCAUAUUCCAAGUGGGUGGCGAUGGGAAGAUCCACACGCACAUUGCCGACAAGGUGAUGCCGGACUGGAGCCGCGAGCUGGACUCCAAGCCGGCGCUGGGUGGCCUGACGGCUGGCAGCACCUGA